GGUUUCGUGAGAGUUUCUGCUAAGAGCGGAGUCCAGCCGUGGCUGUGAGCAGUUGGACUGAAAAGCAUUCAUUCCUCCAGCACUGACUGUGCAUGUUGUUUGGCUCACUUUAAAAGUGACACUUUACAAUCCUUACCCUGCUUCUACCAAGACAUCCUUAGAUAGGUUUUUGGGGUCUGCAACUUGCAGUAUUCUUCAUAUCAUAAUUUAUUGUAUACUAUGAGCUUAAAAGUUCUGCUGCAAAAACAAGAUUCCUGUCCUGAGCAGCCAUCUGUCUCUGUCCUACCAGUAGUUACCCACAUCUGUGAAUUAACAUCUGUAAAAUCAAGGUUAGGCCCUAAAUCACAUUGCAGAACAAGUGGUGAACCUAAAAGGAGAACCAAGAGAUUGCAGCAAACUGCAUCUGAAACACUGGUGAAGAAUUAAGAAGCUUUCUAAGAUGUCUUGUAAUGGCACAUCUGGAUUUAGUCUUCAGCUGAAUUUACAUCACCUGUAGAAAGAAAUAAGGAAAGUGGACUGAAAAUGUCAAACUUAUGCAAGUUUUGUGAUAUUAAAGCAACAACCUGCUCAAACCAACAUCGGUGCAGGAGUAACUGCAACAUCACUUCUAUCUGUGAGAAGAGUAGUGAAGUCUGUGUUGCUAUAUGGAGACAGAAUGAUGAAAAUGUGACAUUAGAAACAAUAUGCCACGACCCCCAGGAAAAACUGUAUGGUCACAUUUUGGAUGACUAUGACUCAGAGCAGUGUUUAAUGAGGGAAAAGAAGGAUGAUGGGGGAUUGAUGUUCAUGUGUUCCUGCAAAGGUGAAGAAUGCAAUGAUGUGCUCAUUUUUACAUCAGAUGACCCCCAUAAGCCAGAGGAGAAAGAUGAAAUUUCCAAAGUCACAAUCAUAAGUCUUGUCCCGUUACUGGUGAUUUCUGUUGCUGUGAUUGUUAUCUUUUAUGCCUACCGCACUCACAAGAAGAGGAAGCUCAGCAAGGCAUGGGAGAAGAAUGUUAAGCCCAAGAAGCAUAAGGACUGCAGUGAUGGCUGUGCCAUUAUGUUAGACGACGACCGCUCAGACAUCAGCUCCACAUGUGCCAACAACAUCAACCACAACACAGAGCUGCUGCCCAUUGAGUUGGACGUUGUUGUUGGCAAAGGAAGGUUUGCUGAAGUGUAUAAAGCCAAAUUGAAGCAAAACACAUCAGAACAGUAUGAAACUGUGGCAGUCAAGAUUUUCUCCUAUGAAGAAUAUGCUUCCUGGAAAACUGAGAAAGACAUAUUUUCAGAUGUAAACCUCAAGCACGAGAACAUACUCCAGUUCUUGACAGCAGAGGAACGUAAGACAGACCUUGGCAAACAGUAUUGGUUGAUCACUGCCUUCCAUGCUAAAGGAAACUUGCAGGAAUAUCUCACACGACACAUUAUCAGCUGGGAGGACCUCUGGAAACUUGGCGGGUCCUUGGCCCGAGGGAUUGCCCAUCUGCACAGUGAUCACACACCCUGUGGUCGUCCCAAAACACCUAUCGUACACAGGGACCUAAAGAGUUCCAACAUCCUGGUGAAAAAUGAUUUAACCUGCUGCCUCUGUGACUUUGGGUUAUCCCUGAGGCUGGACCCUUCCCUGUCUGUGGAUGACUUGGCUAACAGUGGGCAGGUUGGCACAGCAAGAUAUAUGGCCCCUGAGGUUUUGGAGUCUAGGAUGAACCUAGAGAACAUGGAAUCCUUCAAACAAACAGAUGUGUACUCCAUGGCUUUGGUCCUCUGGGAAAUGACAUCUCGCUGUAAUGCUGUUGGAGAAGUGAAAGAGUACGAGCCCCCCUUCGGCUCCAAAGUGCGAGAGCACCCUUGUGUGGAAAGCAUGAAGGACAAUGUCUUGAGAGACAGAGGGCGGCCCGAGAUCCCCAGCUCCUGGCUUAACCAUCAGGGCAUCCAGAUGGUGUGUGAGACGCUCAUCGAGUGCUGGGACCACGACCCCGAGGCGCGGCUGACGGCGCAGUGCGUGGCCGAGCGCUUCAGCGAGCUCCGGCACCACGACAGGCUCUCGGGGAGGAGCUGCUCCGAGGAGAAGAUCCCCGAGGACGGUUCCGUGACCACCGCCAAGUAGCGCACGCCCGGGAGCUCCGGGACGGAGGGAAGUCGCUCCUAGACGUGCUCACCUUGGCAAAGGAAGAGGUCUUGACCGGUGCCUUGACUUGCUUCCUGGAGGACUGAGGCUGUCACUACUCCCUUUGGGCUCCAGCUCUGGACAGGGAGAUGUAUUCUGGGAAUUACAAGCUGGGGGAGUAGCAGUCAUACCCUAGCACUGGCGGCCAGCAUCAUGUCGUAGGAGGAGCUAUAUAUGGUAGCACUUCCUCAGGAAAAGGAUUUGAAAAUAGCCAAUAACAUUAUGCACUUUAUUAAUGCCUGUAUAUAACUAUGAAAUUGCUAUUUUUUUAUAUAUAUAUAUAUAUANU